AUGGAGGUGGCGCGCCUGCUGCCGCGCCGCAAGCAGCGGCCGCUGCGGUGCAGCAGAGCCGAACCCCACGGGUCGUCUGGCGGGCCCCGGGACCCUCCCCUGUGCCGGAUAUGCUGGGAAGGAGAUGAGGCGGACGGCAAUGGGCUGGUGGCACCCUGCGCCUGCAGUGGCAGCAUGCGCCACGUGCACGUGCGGUGCCUGGGCCACUGGCAGCAGCAGCUGCGGGUGCAGAAGGGCAUCGGCGCCAGCCGCCGCUGCGACGUCUGCAGGGCGCCUUGGAGCAAGGCCUUCAUGCCGCCCGCCACGCCACGCGACUGGCGCGAGGCGCUGCGCGGCUUCAUGGGCCGCGUGCCCUGGGGGGCCGUGCUCGAGUGCUGGAGGUUUGGCAUCCUGCUGGCGGGAGCGAUGCACGGCAUGCAGGCCGGGGUGGCCGGCUUCCGCAGCGGCAUGCGCUGGGCGGCGGGCAGCUCCCGGGCCAACAUCGAGGGGCUGGCGCGCUGGGCCCCCGAGGUGGCGCUGGCAGCAGGCACCCUGCCCCCGCUCAAGGUGCCCAUGGCGCUCUGCCUGGGGGCGUGUGUGGUGGGGCUCGCGGCGCAGGCAGCCCUCAUGUCUAUGGUGUGUGCAUACACAGGCACUGUGGUGGGCUUCGCCAGGGGAGUCACGCAGUCGCUGCUCAUCACCGUGCAGCUUGGCAGCUGCCUGGUGCAGCGGGGCACCAUUGUGGCCAGCACCCUGGCCGGCGGCGCGUUCAGGGGCACGGCAGCGGCAGGGCGGCUGGCGGCGCCGCUGGUGCUAGGCCUUGUGCGGACCCUGGCCCUCACCCGCCUCUUCAACUGA